AUGUCGAUUGUUCAGGAGAAUGCGUGUAGUCUGAAUAUUCAGCUAGACCGUCUCCAACAAAAAAUAAUCCUUCCCGAACGGUUCGACGCGGUCGAGGCCCCCAGUCACCAUGUUCACCGACUCCAGAAUGUGAUCAAUUCAAUCUCCGUGACCUCAAAGACACAAUCUCUCCUGCCAGCUGCCAAUUUAGUGGAGCUGCUGUCGGAUCCUACUCUCUCACAUCAUCUGCUUCCCGGGGCCCUCGAGGGCAAGCCCGAGAAGUAUGUGCCAGACUAUCUAUGGCUGGUGGCCGCUAAAGCCGCCGUCCAGGCGUCAGGCUUAGUCAUGCACGCUUUACUAGAUCAAACGAUUCAGCUACAAGAGGAGAUCUACUAUUGGGAUGAAGUCCUGGGCUCAGUAUGGUCUAGUGGUCUCUAUGCGGCGCAAACCUCGCCCGCUCGACUAUGGCACUGGUCCCUAGAUAUCUACACUGACCAUAGAUCCCACGGUGAUUUUCAGGUAUCCAUCUCAGAGUCUCUUGCGGCACGGUGGGGACAAUUCUAUCAAGUUGCCCGACAAAGCUUGCGUGGAAUGUCCGAGCACCCGGGCACAUUGAACUGGUCUUUACCCAUUCGGUCUUGCCGAGCGGAGAUUAGACAGAAGAGAGAUCGUCUGAUCGCUCUUAAGGAUGUUCACACAAGCAGCUUGGGACUUCUCAUGGAACAUUGGCAUGCCUUCCAAUCCGAUGACCUCGCCAGUAGCUCGAAUGAACCGGAACAGUGGCAAGAGGCUGUAUCGAAAACAGUGCAUCUCACAGAAGCAAUUCUUCAACAUGUGUUGAAGCAAUCAGACACGGAAGUGUUUGAGCAAUACGUCUUCCAAGCCGUUGAAAAGGACCUGACUAGCGUGCAAGUCCAAAACUAUGGGUCAUCGCCCACUCACCAGCCUGCGGACCUAAUCCAGCGCCUAAUCCUCGUUCUCCGUGAGCGGCUGCCUACUCAUAAAACAUCUAUAACCUCGUCGAUUGGAACCUACGGGCGCCCCUCGAGAAUCAUGCGAUACUGGCUACCUUUGUCAGUGGCAUUACUUUCGAGUAGCAUAUCAUUGAAGGUCUUGAUUCGUCGCCAGGACGAGAUAAUCGACUGGAUUAGAAACAUCGGCUCCACCAUUAUUGACUUCGGAGGAAAUUGGGUGAUUCGUCCGGUUCAUAAGCUCAUCGGAACUAUUAGACAUGAUGACAAAAGUGAGAUUGCCAUCAUGAGUAAGAACAGUUUGAUGGCUGAUCGCGCCAGCUUGGAGCGGAUGGUCAUUGAUUUUGUCCGCGAUCGGCCAGACCCAAGUCAAGGCAAGCCGACCGCAGAGAGCACGGCGGCCAUCGCGAACGCAGUCAAGGAAGGAGACCUGACGCCAGUUUUGAAGGCAUACGAAAGGGAUCUGCGGGCACCAUUCAGUGGAACCGUUCGAGGUGACCUGGUUCGUGCUCUUCUGAUCCAGAUCCAGAAGACCAAGGUCGAUGUGGAAAUUGCAAUCAGCGGAAUUAACGCCUUGCUAAAGAGUCAAGAACUUGUCUUUGGAUUUAUUGGUCUCACUCCAGGGAUUCUAGUCUCUUACACCUCCCUGCAGUGGGUGGCAGGACUCUUCAGUAACCGACGAGGCCUACGACAAGGCAAGAAGCGGUAUCAGCUGAGACGAGGACUACGGAAUGUGACACGAAUCCUGACAUCUGCUUCCGUGACCAACGAAGUGAUUUCCUACAAGGACUCGGGACGACUGAUCUGUGAAGCCGAGGCAUUACUCCAGCAUGUCAAGACCGUGCUUGGAGGUUUGGAAUAUCGGGAAUUCCGAGAGGACGUUGAAGAUCUCUUGGAUAUUCAAGGGGGAGUCACCAAGCAGCUCCGGGUGGUGGAGAGGAUCCGAUGGACCUAUUUCAACUAG